AUUAAGAAUGGCGGCAUAAACGUAAACAUGUUGCUGUAGCAAUCAGUUUUUCGAUUUUGAAUUAUUGUUUCGUGAUUUUAAUUUAAAGUAUUUGUCAUUGAAACCAAGGUUUAACGAAAGUCAAGAAUAUUUUCUUUAAUAACUGAAGAGUCGGGCCCAAAUCAUGGAUGAUUUCGAGCUAGACGACGAAGAUCUGUUUGCAGACGAUGAAGCUUUUCAAAAUGCAAUUGUCGGUAAUAAACUGCUGGAGGCACGAUGUUUUGAGUGCAGUGGCAAAUUCACCCACGCUCAGCUCACACAAGACUUUCCCUUCAAGAGCAUCGUCCGGAAAGAAGGGAUGGAUCUCGCCUUCCAGAAUUCAUAUCAUUACAAGGGACUCAUCGAAAAGGCUGGAGAAAAUCUGAUUCUCUUCAACGGGGCCAAAUAUCAUGCGUCAAGUGCCUUCUUGGAGAACAUGGAUCAACUAUUUCAAAUGGCAAGGAAGCUUUUUAUCAAAAAUGAAAAAGACGCAGUCAAGCAUUUGAUGCACCUCAACCUGAGUAAGGCCAACUAUUUCGAUUCUAGGCAAAAGAUAAACCUAAUGUUUGAAUAUUUCACCACAUUUGUACAAAGUCUUCAAAGUGACAAAAAUUAUUUGUGGAUUUUGGAGGAAAAGAAGGAAAAAGUUCUUCAACAUCUUGAGUCUUGGAGCAUCCUCAUCCAUGGCUUGACAAAAAUUGAGUUCAACCUUCUGUCAGCGUGUCCCGACUCCUUAGGAAACAAAUGUCGUCCUCCAAUGCACCACCUGUUGCACCUUCACCUGGAGCUCCGGUGGCACCACCUUUGCCUCCUGCACGCCUUGACGAGUCAAAAGACUGAACUCAACCGCAACCUGGAACAGGCCCUUGAUCAUGUUUUGACUGAACUUGUAAAACUUGCCGAAGGGGUGAAACAAGAAGACUACGACAGGACGCAUCCUUUUUUCUGCAACUGCAUUCGAGAGUUCUGGCUCAUGCUCCAAAUUUUUUCAGACAGACUCCAUGCCAGCAACUUGAUUUCAAUGUCAUUUUGGGGCUUGAUGAAAGGAAUCGUGAACAGAAUUUUUCGCCCCGCUGAAGAAAAACCUCCGGCUAAUUUAAGCAAGGUCAGAAGGCCCAUUCUGUGCCAAGACUGGGAAAUGCAGAGAAAGUCUUCAUUUGCUCUGUGGUUGUACCUCAACAUCUGCCCAAUUUAUGGCUACAGCGAGAGUGGAAUUUACUCCAAAAAGACAAGGGGAGCUGUUUCAGAUGAAGGGAGCAACUUGCUGGAGCUGAUUUUGAAAAAGUUGACGCUCAGUGCGAACGAGAAUGAAAUGAGGGACCUGAUGAAGUUGCUACUGCAAUUGCCUCAAUGGUGGAAUGUAGGCAUGCAGGCCUUGAAUUUGCUGCUGGACCACUUUGUCAAACACAUUGGCUCAUUGUUCAUUGUGCCAGGCGAAAGUCCAGCUCACUUGGCGUUCAUGGCGAGGACGGCUGCAGAGUUCAGCAAUCAGAUCAAGGGACACCUGCGAUUGGACCUACCCUCAUAUGAGGGUAUCAACAGUUUUCAUUUGUUCGUCAAGUUUUUGCGUAGUCAGAUGAAAUACUCUUGGUCCGACGGUGACAAACUUCGAUUCUUCAACCAAGUCAAGAGCAGGAUUUGCACACGGUUCAGUGCUGGAAGAAUGAUUUCUUUAAACGAUGUUGGUUUUUACAACCUGACUUCGCUUUGUCUGUCGAUUGGACUUUCAAUGGGACUGGAGGAUAUGGGAAGCAGACUGCAAGGAUUUCUGGGUGCGGUGGAGAAAGGGUUGGACAUAAAAAAGAGGGAGGUCAUCAUUUUGUCGCACAUGACGUUGAUAUAUCUUAAGGCGGAGGAAAAACUUUCCGUGGAAGAAAAUAUUCCACCUGUGACCAAAUUCUUAAAUGCGUCCUGCAAGGAUAUGAAUAAGAAUAAUUUGCAACAUAUCGAGAUGGUUUCAUCUUUCAUCGAUUCCCUAAAUGAAGUUGCCGAUGUUAUGAGUUGUGAUGAAAUAUCCGGGUAUUUGUUCUUAGGGGAUUGGCUGCCUGAAUAUUUGGGAAUUUGCAAUGCAGCAAGAUCUGCAAAAGUUAUGUCGGCAAUGGUGGACGUUGCCAGCAAACUGCCUUGUUACGAGGAAAUGGACUCGACUGCGGAAAGGAGAAAAGCUGUGGCCUCCUUCGUGGAGUUCCUUGCUCCGUAUUUGAAACAGGAAAGCACUAAAGUCACCCCCUCGGCCGUCAACCAAACGGCAGAUAUUGCCUUUGCCAUCUCGGCCGCAGCCGAAAAUUCAAAAUUCCUGGAAAUGCUCAGACACUUUGGCUUGAAUGAAACUGUCCACGCAAGGGUGUCUGCAAGAUACUUGACUCAAAUUUUAUCCAACAAAGAGGUUUCCGAUCGGAUAAGAGACUUGGAAAGGAAGUUCGACGAAGUCAUAGUCCAUGCCUGGAUGAGGUGUUGCGUUUUGGAUGAAACGAACGGAGUGGAAACUGAAGCGUUAACAAGGAGUGUUUGCAAUUUGCCUGAUCUCAAGAAUCUAUUUGGAGACAAAUUGACCAUUUUGAAAAACGAAGCAUUCCCUUUGGAGGUUUUCGGUGAAAUGGUCCACGAACAGUUCAAACUUAGAGAAAAUAAUAUUAAUGAACGUUCGGAGUUAAGGAUGCGGUUAUACCCUUACUUCAGCAAACUGCCUCAGGUUGUCACUCACAUAAUACAGCAGGAUCCAAAUUCAAAAAUCAGCGCAACCAAACAUCCCAGUACGACUGUUUUGAGAAUGUACGAGUCAAUAGGAAGUCUUAUAAUGUCAUGUCCAGCUGUCAUGUAUGAAAAGCUCAACGGAAAGUCCACUCUGACCGUCUUAACAAACACCAUGCUUUUGUAUGAAGAUAUACACAGAUUUCCAACCUUUUGCAUGGACAGGAACAUCAAAGCAGCCCUUGAAGCUCAUUUUCAUAAGUUCCUCAUUGGUCUGGGAAAAAUAAUGAAAAACGACUCCUACAUAAACCGUGUUAUGGUUGCCAGCAUAAAGUAUUUUAUCCAUACUUUGGAAUCUCGGAAAGGUGCUGUUUUGAUGGAAAGAAGGCAACCUUUGUCCCAAGCCCAAACUUUGCACCCCAUUGAGAAAUUUUUCAGGGUUUGUAUCAGCGCUGAGGUGGUCGACAAGGUGGUUGAGAUCAUCGGAACGCACAUGCUAAAGAUGAGAGGCAAAUUCUUUGAAAACGAUCAUGCGCCAGAUGCCUUGCGAAUUUUGUUAAACGUUCAAGAAGACUUGGGUGAGGAUGAGAAUCUGGUCAGGUCGCUGGUGAAGCACACAAUAAAGGACACCCUUGUGAUUUUAAUGCAAAUUGAUGACACCAAGGAGGCAGAGAAAGAUCUUGCGUUUCGCUACUUAAAAGCCAUCGUCAACACUCCAGUCUUCACUUCGUCAAUUGACAUCAAGGCCAUUUUCUACGCAAAACUGGUGGAGCUGUACAGAGAAAAGAUGGCAUUCCAAAACAGUCAACUGUUCCAGUUGCUGUUUAUUCUGGGAAAGUACAAAGUCUUGUUGGUCAAACCGACUUUGAUGAAGCUCGAGCAACAGAUUGUGGAGGUUGAAACUCGGCGGCAGACGACAAAUGACCAAAGUUUAAGAGGAAAAAUGGAGAAGCUGGCUCGAAUAUUGGGACCUGUGGACAACGAUGACUACCAAUUUGACAGCUAAAAAUCUGUGAUUUGUAAUUGAUAACAUUUUGUAAAGUAUUUUGUACAUUUUAUAAAAGAAAAAAUAUAUGAAAACAAGUGAA